UUUCAUCGCAUUUUAUUUCUGUCUCUUGUGUAAAGCGCAACGUCGAGCGGACACACAGCCCCACAGUGCCGAGCCGGUCAAAGCAGUAACGAAACGAAACGUACCCAAAGUGCUACCUACCUACCGCAAAAAAACAACCAACAAGCAAAGCCCCAAACGAAAACGAGUUUCCACUAAGGCAAGGCAGCCAUACUCAAUAUCGUAUCGAAUAAGCAUCACUAGGAGGUAUCCGUUGGACCCGUUGGAUCGUUGGUUCGACGUCGUGGCCUAUAUUCAAAAUAGAUCAGCAGCAGCAGCGGCAGCAGCUGCAGCAAGCUGCAACGAACUGCAGAGAGCAGAGCAGAGCAGAGAAGCAUCUUUCUAUGUACCUAGUGCCGCCAUGUGAGAACUCAGUCCAAAGUCUAAGAGAAAAACAAGUUUCCCCAUUUGCGCGCUUAUGCUAAAUAAUAAUAAUAAGUUAGCGAAGUUUGUUGUUGGCGGAGUUCGAGUUCGGUGUACGCCAGAGACGAGUGGCCAAGAGACAAGAGACAAGAGACGAGGAGCGAAAGAGUGACCCACAAAUACUGGUUUUCUUCUGCGGCCUGCGUGAGAACGUGCAGCAGCAGCAGCAGCAGCAAUGGCCUCAACGGCAGGAACAACAACGGUCGUGGUUAAGCGGCCUGGACCGCCAGUGCCACCAAGACCUAAAACAGCAAUAGCCAUGGCUACGACAGCAGCGACAACUGCAGGCUCCACAGUGACAGUUCCAGCUCCAGCUUCAGCUCCAGCUCCAGCCACAGCAAAUACUCCUCCAAUCAUACAAAAGAAGCCCACAUUCGUGAGCCAACUGAGCAGUGCUGUGGGACGUACCCUGGUUUAUAAGUCGCCAGCGUUGAGUGUUCAAAAGAAACAGGCUCAAACGCAAACGCCAACAUCGGCGGUGGGCAAACUCUCGCCAACGGCAGCAGCGCCGCCGCCGGCCACCAAGCCACUGAAGUUGCGCAAAGCUCCCGAUGUGCCCACAGCCAAGCCCAGGGACAGGGACUCGAUCAGCAGCAGUCCAGCGGCAGUGGUCGUGACUGUUAACCGUCACAAAUCGAUGAGUGUGGCCACCUCCAGUGCACACAGCUCUCCCCUCAAGGAUACGCGCCUGAGCCUUGGCAAGGUGGACUUCGAGAGGGCUGGCCUCGGGCUACAGGCCACGUCGCAGCCGCUGCCAAAGCCCCGCAAGAUCGUUCAAUUGCCGGUGGCCACGCUGGACAUGGAGGAUGUGCCAGCGUUUGUGCCGCCACCAUCGUCCACUCCAGCGCCCAGCAUCUUUCGACGAUCGAAGACCACGCUGGACAGCUUUCAGACAGCCACAAACAGUGGCACGUCCUCCAACAGUGGGGGAUUCCUCGGUGGCCGCACGGUGGAAAUCAAGAACAAUUUGAAGAACGCUGCGGAGCGUCUCUUCUCGGAGAUAAUCAUAAACCAGAGUCAGAAGCAAUCCACAGCCGAUACAACGAUUAUAACCAAACACGAGCGUGCUAUACAACAUCAAGCGGUGCUGCAGCAGAACCAACCCAGCCAGACACCCCAGACAUCCCCCACCAACUGCAUGCGCAUUAAUGUCAAUGGGAGCUACGAUAGGAUCCUGGUCAACACGAAUACGAAUUCUCGCACGAACACCGUCAAGAGUUCGAUUAGCGUGGGCAACACGCCCGAGAAGAAGCAAGCCUUCCACGAGCUGCUCAUUUCCGAGUUGGCUGCAAUGCGCAAUAAAUCAUGCUCCCUGGAGCAGCUGCCCACUAAAUCCCUGUCGAUGGCCACAGUGGGAGCCGCCUCACCCACAACGACAUCAACGCCCAGGAAAGUCAUGUCCCGCCAUCGCUACAACUCCAUUGAUGAUGCCGAUGAUGCAGAGGACGUGGAUGCCGACAAUGUGGAGGAUGCAGACAGCGAUGGGGACGAGGAACACACACUCACCACCUACACGGCCAACAAGUUGGGCAAGGAGAACUCCGAGCUGGAGACUGUGGGCUCUUCUUCCGGAAGGAAGCGCUGCCCCUCGGGCUGCUCCUCAGACUCGUCACCGUACGGAACGGAGCGGUCGCAACGCAUCCGCACUUCAGACUGGAUUGAGGUGGGCGACAAUGGCACACAGGUCACGUUAACCAGCUGCCACAUUAGCCUCGAGGACUCUGGCAUGGAAGAUGAGGAACGGCUCGAUGACAUGUCCUCGUCGGGUGUCGGCGAUAGCUGGGAUAGCGUCAAGGAGGCGGAGAGCGAAAAGCGUUCGCGCAACGUAAAACGUGGCAUCUCCAUUAGUGCGCUGCCACCCCUGCCGAAAUCUCUGAUUGGUUUCAACAAACUUCUCGGCUCCGACUCGGGCCUGCUCCUCAGCGAUGGCGAUGCGGAGGCAGCGCCGCCAGCGGCAGCACCAGAGCGGCUCAAUAAUAACACAGGCAGAAACAGCAGCAGCAGCGAGACGAACCAAAAACAUACGAAUAUAGAUAUCAAUUUAAGCAGUCAACAUAAGAGGGAAACAAAUGAUAAUAACGACAAUAAAAUUGAUAAAUCGUCGCCAAAGGCAACAGCACCAGCAGCCCCGGCAGCUCCAGCGACUGCGACAGCGACAGCGACACUUGAAAUCAUAACUCCAUCAAAUUUAUGUGAAAACGGAAACACAACCCUCACGACAACAACACUAUCCUCACCUGCAGCAGCAAAGGCAAGAGCCACGAAUGAUACACCAGCGAAGGAAAGUUCCAAUCUCAACACCAGCACCUUGGAUGACCAGAUAGCGACGCUGCGAAAGGAAAUGAACGGACUGCGUCAAUUGGAUCUCUCAUUGCUGUCCCAACUGUGGGUGCUGAAUGAAUCGAUACAAGAGUUUCGCGCCAUGAUCGAGGAGCAGGAGAACGAGGAUGAGGACGAAGAGGAGCCAAUGGGUGCUAACGAUGUGGAUGCUCAGCGGAAUCAAGGCCACUCGCCCAGCCCUUCAUCCUACGAAUCAGUUAGCUCCGAGGGCGGCGGCGCAGAUGUCGCAGCAGACAUUGGGCUGCAGACAAAGGCAAAGUGCCUGGGCACCAUACCAAAGGUCAUAACCACACAGCCGAAAAUGAUUAGGGAGCUGAUCUCACAGCAGCACCAGGAGCAGCAGGAUGCGAAGCAAAAGCCAGUGCCCAGAAUGCGGAGUGCACCGCCGCCGCCACCGCCAACAGCCACGACAGAGCGGAAGCCGACAGCUCCACCACGGCCCACAUGAUGUUACCUAACAGACUUCCUCGCCGGAGUCCGGAUGGUCAUGUGCAAGGCGAUCGUGAACAGCGGAUCGCAGUCAUCGUCUUCGUUGUGCAGCGCCGGAUCAUCCCUUGGACUGGGUGUGGCAAGUUUGUCGGACCAGAAACAUUGAUUAGGUGGGGGGUCUGUCUGUCUGUAGUUUAUGUGUUUGAUCAACCGAUGCGAUAACUGAUCUUCACUUUCGUUAAAGAACUAUUUCUGAUUGCAAAGUGUUCCCUUCAAGGGAACACUUUUAGUAAGGCAUCAAAUAUUUACUUACCUCAUACACGAGUAUAAUCCAUAUGCAUAUAGUAAAUAUAAUCCAAGCAGCCCAAGCCCAACCUAAUCUAACCGGUAGAAUCUUAAGGCCAAACUAUAGGCGCUCUCUCACCCUCUCUCGUGCGGUUAGGAGGCCUUUGUGAUCUUCAGUUGUAAGUUCUAUUGUAAAUUGUUUCUCAAGCGGGCUCAGGCAUCACGGGGUUCAACAUUUGAAAAUUCGAUUGUAGUUGUAUAGCCUUUAGGGACGGAGAGGAGCGGAGCUUAGCUGUCGACAGAAUCAUCUCUUUAAUUGUAUUUGUGUUGCGGUUCAUUUCCACUGUGCAUUUGACCAAUAACCAACUUUGUAAAUAUGAAUUUCUACGGCUUACUGCAAAGAAUGUAAUACAUCCAUAUAAAUGAGAAAUAAACCAUC